AUUUAUUUUUGACAAAGUAAAAAUGUUGUAAUAUAUUGUUCAAAAUUUAGUUAUAACAUAUUCAAUUAAGUGCCUUCGCAGUGCCAGUCCAGUAUUUACACAAACAAAAAGUCAAAUACAUAAAUGCAAUAUGUGCGAAUGCGAACGAAGUGGAAAAUGUUUGACAAGUGCAACAAGUAAACACAAUAGCCUCACAUAAUAGCCAAUUAUAUGUAAAUAUAUAUACAUAUACAUAUAUAUAUUUAUGUACAUAUACAUACAUACAUAAGUAUGUGCAAAUAGUUAAUAGCUGAACAAUAAUACAUCACAAUCGAUAUUGCAAUCGGAAUCACAAUCGCCGUCGCCGUAGAGGAUGAGCCCAUUCGGUUCGAAGAAGAACCGUUCAUUGCCGGUGCGCGUGAGCACCUUCGAUUCGGAGCUGGAGUUCGAAUUGGAGACGCGCUCCACCGGCCAAGAGUUGUUCGAUCUGGUUUGUCGUACGAUUGGGUUGCGUGAAUCAUGGUAUUUUGGACUGCAGUACGUCGACACGCGCAACAAUGUCUCCUGGCUCAAAAUGGACAAAAAGGUCAAAGAUCAGCGCGUCGAAUUGCAUGCAAACAAUAACAUUUACGUCUUCAGUUUCUAUGCGAAAUUCUUUCCGGAGAACGUCAGCGAAGAGCUGAUACAAGAGAUAACGCAGCAUUUGUUCUUCUUGCAAGUGAAACAGAGCAUUCUAUCGAUGGACAUCUAUUGCCGGCCCGAGGCAUCCGUACUGCUUGCCUCGUAUGCGGUCCAUGUUCAAUAUGGGCCCUACGACUAUGAGACCUACAAGGACGGCAUGCUAGCCGGCGGGGAACUGCUGCCCAAGGGCGUCACAGAUCAGUAUCAAAUGACGCCCGAAAUGUGGGAGGAGCGCAUCAAGACCUGGUACAUGGAUCAUGAGCCCAUGACUCGAGAUGAAGUAGAAAUGGAGUACCUAAAAAUUGCACAAGAUCUGGACAUGUAUGGUGUUAACUACUUUCCUAUUACGAAUAAGAAUAAAACCAAAUUGUGGCUGGGCGUUACGGCCGUGGGUCUGAACAUCUAUGAUGAACGCGACAAGCUAACCCCAAAGACAACGUUCCAAUGGAACGAGAUACGACACGUUAGUUUCGAUGACAAGAAAUUCACGAUACGUUUAGUGGAUGCCAAAGUGUCGAACUUUAUAUUUUACUCGCAGGACUUGCACAUUAACAAAAUGAUACUUGACUUGUGCAAGGGCAAUCACGAUCUCUAUAUGAGACGCCGCAAGCCGGACACCAUGGAGAUCCAACAGAUGAAAGCGCAGGCCAAGGAGGAGAAACAGCGACGCCAAAUCGAACGGAAGAAGUUCAUAAGGGAGAAGCAGCUUCGCGAGAAGGCGGAACACGAGCGCUACGACCUGGAAAAACGGCUCGAGCAUCUGCAGGACGAGAUGCGUAUGGCCAGCGAUGCGCUGCGUCGCUCCGAGGAGACAAAGGAGCUGUACUUCGAGAAGAGUCGCGUGAACGAGGAGCAAAUGCAGCUGACCGAAUGCAAGGCGAAUCACUUUAAGACAGAAAUGGAUCGUUUGCGUGAGCGUCAAAUGAAGGUGGAGCGAGAGAAGCACGAUUUGGAGAAGAAGAUCAGGGAUGCCGACUUCUAUAUGCUCCAGCUGACUGUGGAGAAUGAUAAACGCGAGGCCGAAACAGAGAAGCUCAAAAAGGAGCUGAUCUGUGCCAAAAUGGCCGAGAGAGAAGCCACCGCACGUCUGCUGAGCUUCCUCAACAGUGGGCGCAAAUCGUCGACGGACAGCCUGCUAACGGCAUCGACGGUCUCACAGGCCAAUGUCAAUAAUCCGUCAAGCAUUGCGGCAAUCAGUACACCUUCGCUGACCACGAGCAGCUCCACAAAUGAUCUGGAAACCGCCGGGGGAGCAGAGCUAACAAACUCUGCCUCCCACUACAUUGUGAUGGGCGAUAAUUCUAGCGGCAUUUCCGACGACUUUGAGCCCAAGAAAUUUAUUUUAACCGACAAUGAAAUGGAACAGAUCGCCAAUGAGAUGGAACGCAGCCACUUGGAAUACCUGCGCAAGUCCAAGAAACAGGUGCAAAAUCAAUUGCAAACGCUGCGCAGCGAAAUCGCACCACAUAAAAUUGAACAGAAUCAAAGUAAUCUGGAUAUACUCAGCGAGGCGCAGAUAAAGGCGGGCGAGAAUAAAUAUUCAACGCUUAAGAAACUCAAAUCCGGUUCGACCAAGGCGCGAGUCGCCUUCUUUGAGGAACUCUAAUUGCAGCGGAAGAUACACUGCAAAACAAAAAGAGGGAACAGAACAGAAACUACCUAAUCAAGACUCAUACAGCGUCAACAUUUAAGAAAUAUUCUAGUUAUUUUUGUCAAUUUUGUGAACAUUCAUUUGCAUGCGUGUGUGUGAGUGCACAUCUAUUUAUCUCAGUGUACAACAUGUGAAUCACUGUAUUACUGUAUCUAUGUUUUAGUGUACCUUUUAUAGACAUACAAUUUGUAUCAAUGUAUGUCGUUUAAUUUGUCACUCAAUUCAACUUAUUGUAUAGCUUUUGUUUCAGUGUAUAGACAAGUAAUUUGUAUUAAUGUGUGUGUCACCUAAUUUGUCACUAAAUUCAACUUAACCGUUUUUGCUUCAGUGUAUAGACAAGUUAAUUUUAUUAGUGUGUGUGUCAUCUAAUUUGUCACUCAAUUCAAUUUGCUGUAAAACAUUUGUUUCCGUGUAAAGACAACUAAUGUAGGUCAUCUAAUUUGUCACUCAAUUCAACUUACUGUACAGAUUUUGUUUCAGUGUAUAGAUCAACAAUUUGUAUCAAUGUAUUUUGUCCGAUUUGUCACUCAAUUUAAUUUACUGUAUAGUUUUUGCUUCAGUGUAUACCAUGGAUAUGUCGUCUCACGUUGCUAUUUAUUUCAGUGUAUAUCCUGUUAAUUCAGUUCUCUGCAUGUAAUUUGCGUUUUGUCUCCAAUGUAUUUUGUAUAUAUUUAUAUUUAUUUAAUGCGUUUGGAUAUCCUUGUACGAGUUUGUCACUGUAUUCGUUUUCUCUCAGUGUAUCUAUGUAAUACCAUGUCAAUAGCUAUAAGCCCUUAACGUUGGCAUUAUGCUAAGAUUGGUUGCCGAAUUCAAUAAAAACCGUUUAAGUCAGGGCGUACAAUUAAA